UAAAAACGUCAAUCUGUCUGUCGAGGCCAUUGACCAAUAGCAGACCUCCAUCCGUUCAACCGAGCAGCCAAUCAUCGUCGCUGUUCUUGGAAGGCGGCAUCGGGUGGAGGACUGCGUUAGUUUGUGCAGUGUUUAUUGUUAAGGUUGUGUGGAUUAGCACUGCGGUGACAAGUUUGUUAUCAUAAUAGACACAUUUAAGCUUAAAGGAAAGCUAAAGAUGGACGUGCGGUUCGAUUACGAAGGGACAAACAUAUCGGACUAUACCAUGCUGUGUGAACUGACAAUGUUUGCGGGUUGCCAUUAGGAGCCGCACUGCGGGACCAAGAGACCCAACGCUGCACAUAGACUGACAGCCAGAGGAAGGAUAGCAGCGAGGGAGGUACAUCUCCUGGCACAGGAGGUGGGAGGGGCAGAAGGAGAGCAAUUUAAAGGGGUAUUCCUACAGAGGAAAACAGCAGUUCAUGUUAAAUUAAUUAUCUAUCAUGUGGGGAUGAAAUGUGAAGCUUUUAUUUGUAGUGAGAUUAGUUAAUAGGCAAAAAAACAACAACCAACAACAUAAAAAUGGCGAAUAAAAAAUGAAAUAAACCAUGAUUAUAAAACAAAAGUGAUCUCUCCAAGUAUCCCCUGCUUCUGCAGCCAGAUUGGAGCUGGUAAUGGCCAAUUCUGUGGCCUUGGUUGUUCAGGCAGAACUUCUGCCGCCUCAGUCCGCUGCCCCCCUAUCUCCUUUUCCAACGCUUCUUGUGUCGGGAGAGGAUGGCGAGGAAGACCGGGAGAGGGAGGAGAUGGGGGAUGGAGACAAAAGUGUUGGCAAAGGUGGACAGGAAGUGGUUCUGGACAUGGUGACAUCAGCGGUGUCGGGUGGGCCUCACCAACCCGACCAGUCAGAUCAUCCCUUCCAGUGCCUGGACUGCGGCAAGAGCUUCAGGUGGUCGUCCAGGCUGACUCACCACCAGCGGAGCCACAACAACGAGAGACCCUACCGCUGCAGCAUCUGCCCCAAGGCCUUCAAGGGCUCCUCUGCUCUGCUCUACCACCAACGGUCUCAUUCAGGGGAGAAGCCUUAUAAAUGCCAAGACUGUGGCAAAGCUUUUAAGCGCUCUUCUCUUCUCCAGGUCCAUCAGAGCGUGCACACGGGCGUCCGCACUUUCUUGUGCCCCUAUUGCCCCCUGACCUUCAAGUGGAGUUCUCACUAUCAGUACCACCUGCGGCAGCACACUGGAGAGUGCCCCUACCCCUGUGACACUUGCCCCAAGGCUUUCAAGAACUCGAGCAGCCUCAGGCGACACAAAAAUGUCCACCUUGGUCUGAAGCCCUACACAUGCUCGGUGUGCAACAAGUCCUUCACCCAGUCUACGAACCUGAGGCAGCACAUGAGGAUACACACAGGCGAGCGGCCGUAUAUCUGCGGCGAGUGUGGGCGAAGCUUUACGCAUUCAUCCAACCUGGCUCUACACAAGAACUCUCACUCUAGCCUCAAUGCAGGACAGAAGGAGGGGAAGAAGGGAGCAGAGGGAGGGAAAAGAAAUGAAAUUGUGGAGGUCAUAGUCAAUUCAGAGGAAGUAACGUCAUCCAUGUUGACAGAUAUGGUGGGAUUUGUGAGCCAGGAAGGGGCUGAUGGAGUCGGGGUGGGGAUGGAAGAAGUGUUCCUGUCAACCGCUGCUCCUGGUUCAAAUCCAGGUCUUCUACCACAGCUCACCCUCACUCCCUCUGGGGAGGCUGUGUGCACGACCAGGGCCAUCGGCACCGAGGUUCAUCUGAGCACUGGCACCGGAGCCAGCGUGCUGCUUUACAGCUGCGGCAGCUGCAGCAACACCUUCAGCACGCGGAGGCAGCUGGAGGAGCACCAAGCCAUCCACAUGGCUCCCGAGGAGCACCGAGCCAGUGGGGAGGCGGGACAGGAGGCAGGCAUGGAGGUUGGGGAUGGGCUGGUGGGUGCUGGACACCUCCUGGCUGAUUUUGAAGAAGUUGUGGAGACGACUUCAGUGGCUGAAAGCGGACAGUCGUCUGAGGUCCUGCUUGGGUUAUCAGAUGGUGGUAGUACAGUUUGUCCUGAGGGCGUGGCCACCACCCAGGCUCAGUUCGAUCUUCUGCAGAGCUUCACAGAGGUGACUCAGAACUCCAGUGCUGCUCAACCAGAGACCGGAACCACAUGGGCUGGGCUGUCAUGUGGCUACUGCAAUAAGACCUUCAAGACCAGCGGAGGCCUCAACAGACAUGUGUCACUGAUGCACUCCCUUUCAUCACAGUCCCGCUCCCAGUUCAGCUGCUCCGCCUGUGACCGUUCUUUCCCGCUCCUCUCCUCGCUGCUCACCCACCAGCACUCCCACACCCCGGAGCAGCGUCUCCUGGCCGAGGCAGAGGCUGAGAUAGUGUGUCCUCCGUCGCUUUCCCUGUCACUCCCUCUGCCGUCCUCUCCAGGCCAGGGCGACAAGCAGCAGGAGGCCCAGGGGGAGUUGCACGUCAACAUCAUAGCCGUUGGACAGGAGCAAGAGGAGCAGUCGGCCAAGCCAACUAAACCCCACAAAAAGACAGGAUCCAGCAAGAGCACUCCAGCUGGAGAGAGGCCAUACCGCUGUUUAGAGUGCGGAAAAGCCUUCAAAGGUUCAUCAGGGCUGAAGUACCACAUGAGGGAUCACACCGGGGAGAAGCCCUACCGCUGCACCGAGUGUGGAAAGAGCUUCAAGAGGUCAUCCCUGCUCUCUAUCCAUCAGAGGGUACAUACUGGAGUGCGAGCAUUCCAGUGCCCCCACUGUCCCCUCACCUUCAAAUGGAGCUCUCACUACCAGUACCACUUACGGCAGCACACGGGUGAAAGACCGUAUGUGUGUAAAGAGUGUGGCAAGUCUUUCAAGAACACCAGCUGUCUGCGCAGACACAGUCAGAUGCAUUCUGGACUGCGGCCUCACACGUGCUCCAUCUGCUCCAAGUCCUUCUCCCAGACGUCAAAUCUCAAGCAGCACGAACGAACUCAUUCUGGGGAGAGGCCUUUUCAGUGCACUCACUGCACCAAAAGCUUCACGCACUCUUCCAAUCUCCAGCUUCACCUCCGCACGCACUCGUUACGCAAAGACUACAAAUGCCCGUACUGCUCCAAAGAGUUUGUGAUGCACUCAUAUUUGCAGAGACACAUUCGCACACACGGCAGUGACGUUGCCCUGCCGGACGGUGGGGGUAAAGACGGCAUGGCUGUGAAAGCCAACAUGGGAGGAGUUACCACCACCACAACCCUGCUCAACCCCAUCACUCUGAAAGCCUCGGAUAACAGUCUGAUUGUCUCCCAGCCAGCACUUAAUAUUCCUCCAAACACCUCCCAGAACUACUUUAUGAUUCAGACAGCCAGCGGCCUGCAGCUCAUUCCUCUGUCCUCCCCUACGCCGGUUUCUCCUCCUCCACCCCCUCCUCCUCCUCCUCCUCAGGCCCAGUCGCAAAACUUUCUCCUUCUGCAGUGCCCGUUGAAUAAUGGCAGCCAGUCGAGUUUGAUUCUGGUCCCUGCCGCAAGCAACCCUCCUCCAGCGCCUGAUCCUCAGUCCCUUCCUGUCCUUCAGACCAUACAGACAUUCCAGCCCGUCGUCAGCCAAACACAAACACAGAUACCCCAAUUUCCAGCUGUUUCCCAGCAACAGCAGACCAGGAUCAUAAUUACUAACAAUAAUAACAAUGCACACCCUCCUGUCCCCAUAACAACUCCCAGCGUCUUAGCCAGCUCCCUGCUGACCAAGCCUAUUUUAGGGAGGAGCACACGGACAGCGCGGGGUCGUCGGGGCCGCAAACCCAAAGCUGCUCUGCAGAAAUCUGCAACAACUCCUGUCACUCCACCUGUAGGGGGUGCUGUUCCUGUAACAAACUGUGAAGUAGAGAGUGGCCUCCUCCCUGAACCUGCUGCUUCAGCGGCCCCAGUGUCAUCAUCAUCUACUCUAACCCUGGUUUCCAGCUGUCCCCUGUCAGCAUCUUCCUCACCCGUUGCCCCAACGCUGUCACAGUCUUCCACUUCCGGGUGCCCGCUGUCCGUCUCCAACAUUACCCCUGCCGGCACUGCAGCCUCAGCCCCCGUGUGCUCUGCUGUCUGUCCAGAGAGAGAAGCUGGUUCUUCAGCAGAGCAAAUGAGGGAAGGGGAAGGUCUGAUCGGGAAACAGCUGGUUCUAUGUUUUGACAAUGAAGAACAAGCAAAGGACGGAGUGAGUCUCGAGCAGGCCGGGGAGUCGUAUGUGCUACGGUUUGAGGGCAACGAACCUGGGGAGGUCUUUGAUGAUGUGGUGGGUGGAGGUCGACACUCGCUUGUGUUACAGUUCAAGACAGACGGGCAAGGUGAGGCAGAGAAAGGGGGAGAUAAAGGAGGCAUGAUGUCACUCCUGCAAGAAUGGGGUGAAGAAAAACAGGGUGAGUGCCAAGCUGGGGGCGAAGACAGUCAGGGGGAGUCCUUUGUCCUCCACUUUCACACUGAGACAGAGGACAGUGGUCCAUCCAGUGCAUCCUUCAGCCAAGAGCAGAACAACAACCUGCAGCUGCCCUGCAUUCCUAACCAAAGUUUAGUACCCCUGGAUGGACAGGAAGUGGUGUUUGAGCUCGGAAGUGAAGCAAAGAGGGCACAAGAAGCCCAGGAGGGCAUGCAGAUGAUAGCCUUAAUUAAAGGUGAAGGAGGAAUGGUGGGAAAGGGCGGCACAGGGUGCAACAUUGCAGGAGAUGCAGUGUCUGAAGAACAAGCAAUGGGAAGUAUAUUCCAGCUGGAACACGGGGAUGAAAUUGUAAUAAUUGAAGUCAGCACAAGCAGUUUAAGAGAAGGUAGAGUGGAGGCAGAGGGGGAGGUGGCACACGGCGGUGAAGCAAAGGGCGAAGGUGUCAUGGCAGAUUCCAAGGAAAACCCUGCAGAAGAGCACGAUCCAUCCGAGUGUGCAGAAGGACAAGCGUCAGCAGAAGACACGAGCAACGAGGACACAAUAUCUAACUCCAAAGAAUAACAGUUCUCAGCCUGAGAGCUGAUCCCAUGGGACUGAACGCCUCACUCUGAGCUGUUUGUUAGCACUUUAGUCAGGAAGUUCUCCUGGAACUUAGAGAGAACUUUCAGUUAGUUGAGUAUUGUGGUGUAAUGCCAUGAUGUCACACUAGAAAUGUUAUACAUUCAAAUAGGCUGUCCACGGACCUCUGAAUAUUCCUAAAUAUAUUUGUUAAAUUAUACUGUCAAUGGCAGUUUUAGUAAAAUUUGUGAAUAAAUGUUGUACACAUUUUUUUCUUCACACUGGUAAUAGUAAAUAAUACCUAUUAAUAAAUCUCAUAAUGCCUUUCAACAUUUGUUUUUUUGUGAUAACAAUAGAACGAUAUGUUUUUGUUAAUGCAUGUGAAAAAACCUUUUUAAAAAUAUGUUGCACCUUUUUAAUCAGUGUUGUCACUUUUGCAGUCAAUUCAAUAAUAUGAUAAAUAAAAGAUAAUACAAUUAAA